AUGAGAAAAAUCAAAUGAAUAUGUACAGGCCUCCCCCUGCAAAUACUAUGGCCUUUGGCAAAUUUGGCAAAGUUGGAAAGGGGUUCGGGGCCUCGAUGGGGCUUAGGUGAACUAUGGUUAUCCGAAAACGAGCCUGGUAGUUCUAUUAUGCCGGGUAAAGGUAAUCGCACACAAUGUGAAUCUUUAACCAUGAUUUGCGCUCAAAUGAUGGGCAACCUAGUGGCCGUUACUGUAGGCGGUUCAAACGGUCAUUUUCAAUCAAAUGUUUUUAAACCAAUCAUUGUAUCUAACGUCUUGCGUUCGAUUCGCUUGUUAUCUGACAGCACUCUCAACAAGAAUUGCUUAAAAGACAUUAAAGCAAAUAAAGCCAAUAUUUUGAAGCUUGUGAAUGAGUCUUUGAUUCUAGUUACAGCUCUAAAUCCGCAUAUCGGUUAUGAUAAAGUUGCGCCUAUUGCGAAGACUGGCCAUAAAAACGGCACCACUUUGAAACACGAAGCACUUAAAUUCGAUGUAAAGGAAAAUGACUUUAACCAGUGGGUGAACCCCGAGCUCAUGUUAGAUCCAAAUUAAAAUCACACCGAAUCAGUUAUAAAACAGAAGGCAAACUCGUCAUAGCCAUAUAUUGUACAUUUUAUUCUACAUAUUGUAAAAUAGUUAAAAGCCAAAAUAGUCCCCAAGCUUCUUAAUUCAAACAAAUCUAUUCUCGGCGAUGACGUGAGAAAUAUUAUUAUGGCGAAAAAAAUUCCAAAGUCACCAUCUGCAAUUGACUAUUGUUUGUACGUCGCAAAGGAAUUGAACAUUCCC